AAGUGCGGGAACCGGAGCAGCCGGAGCGGCGGCGGCCCGUUGAGCGGGAUGGCGGCGCCGGCCAAGAGGAAGCCCGGGCCCGCGGAGGAGCCCCCCAUCCCCCGCAAGCAGCCAUCGGCGGGCGGCAGCCAGGUCCCCGGGGCCCGGCGCUCCCGGCGCCCCCCAUCCCCCAAGUGGCCGGCGGACGGCUCCAUCGUCCGCAUCGCAAUGGAGAACUUCUUAACAUAUGAUACUUGUGAAGUAUCUCCAGGGCCUCACUUGAAUAUGAUCAUUGGCGCUAAUGGAACCGGAAAAUCCAGCAUUGUUUGUGCUAUUUGUCUUGGAUUGGGAGGAAAACCAUCUUUCAUAGGACGAGCAGACAAGGUUUCCUCUUUUGUGAAGCACGGUUGUAACAAAGGCCUGAUUGAAAUUGAAUUGUUCAGGGCUUCUGGAAAUGUUGUCAUCAAACGGGAAAUUCACAUAGCAGGCAAUCAGUCUUCCUGGUUCGUUGAUACAAAGCCUGCAACUCAAAAAGUAGUAGAAGAGCUGAUUGCAGGCCUAAAUAUCCAAGUGGGCAAUCUUUGCCAAUUUCUACCUCAGGACAAAGUUGGGGAGUUUGCAAAACUCAGCAAGAUUGAGCUUCUUGAAGCUACAGAGAAGUCAAUUGGCCCUCCGGAAAUGUAUAAAUUUCACUGUGAGCUCAAAAACUUCAGAGAGAGAGAAAAAGAACUGGAGAAUUCAUAUAAGGAGAAAAACAACUUCCUGGAUAAAAUGAAACAUCAAAAUGAGCGAUAUAAGCAAGAUGUGGAGAGGUACUAUGAACAUAAGCGUCAUUUGGAUUUGAUCGAGAUGCUUGAGGCAAAAAGGCCAUUGGUGGAAUACGAACACGUUCGCAAAGAGCACGAAGAGGCAAAACAAAAACGUGACUCCAAAAAAGAAGAGAUUCGAACGCUUAAAGAAGCACAGUUCCCCUUAACACAGAAAAUCAGUGAAAUUGAUCAGCACAGUAAGAACCUGGAAACCCAAAUCAAGGAGACGACAGCAGCUGCCAAAGAAACAUCUCAAAAGUGCAAAGAAAAGCAAGAUGCCAUGGAAAGGAAAGAUAAACAAAUUGAAGAAAGUCAGCAGGCUUUAAAAAUAAAGCAAGUCCAAGAAAUGGCCCGUCAGGAGAGAAUCAGCAAUACUCAUAAAAUGAUAGAGGACUGGCAGAGUGAACUUAAAAACACAGGAAGCAGUGAGAAUCUUCAAGCCCAAAUUGAUUUGGUUAAUAACGAUCUGAGAUGUUUGGAAGCGGAAAAGGCAACAAUUGAUGGUGAAAUCGCUGAUCAGCAAAGAGAAAGAGAAAAUCUAGAAAGAGAAAAACAAAGUAUGACCGAUCAUAUUCAAAGUUUGGAAAACCAGAUGAGUCUGAAGGAAGAGAAGUUAAAAGGGAGAUACCCGGACACAUAUAAUGCUAUAAUGUGGUUAAGAAAGAACAAGGACAGGUUUAAACAGAUGGUCUGCGAACCCAUGAUGCUUUUGAUCAACAUGAAAGACAAUAGAAAUGCCAAAUAUGUUGAAAAUCACAUUUCAGCAAAUGAUAUGAGAGCCUUUGUAUUUGAAAAUCAAGACGAUAUGGAGACAUUUCUCCAAGAGGUGCGUGACAAUCAACAUCUGAGAGUCAAUACUGUAAUUGCUCCCAAUAGCUCACAUGCAGCUAAAACACCAUCAAGAUCUCUGGACGAGCUGCGGCAAUAUGGAUUUUUCUCUUUCUUGCGAGAACUAUUUGAUGCUCCUCAGCUUGUGAUGAGUUACCUUUGCUUCCACUAUAACAUUCAUGAAGUCCCUGUAGGAACAGAUAAGACCAGGGCUAUGAUUGAGCAGGUUAUACGGGAAACCAACUUGAAGCAAAUUUAUACAGCUGAAGAAAAGUACUCACUGAAGACUUCUUCAUACUCAAAUAAAAUUAUUUCCAGUAACAUAGCCCUAAAAGGGGCACAGUUUCUCACCGUUUCUGUGGAUGCCGACAAAAAAAAAUAUUUGGGAAAACAAUUACAGGAAAUUGAUAGAAAAUUGCAAAUACUAAAUACAGUAAUAAAAACUUUACGGGAGAAGCUCAGUUGUAUGGAACCCAGAGGCAAUGAACUCCGGCUGCAAAAGAAAGAGCUUCUUGAAAAAAAAACAAAGAAGAGACAGCUGGAACAAAAAAUUAUUUCCAAGCAGAAUAGUUUAAAGCUGAUGGAACAGGAUGUCUUCAACCUUGAAGAGGCGCAGCAGGAGACAGAUGCCAAAAUCAGAGAAAUUAACAUCCAAAAAACAAAACUUGUUUUUGAACAAACACAAUUGAUUAAGACGUACUUGAAAUUGAACAUCCGUAAGAUGAACUUGGUUCUUCAGAACACUAACGUGAUCUCUGAGAAAAAUAAAGUGGAAGCUGAAUAUAAAGCAAGAAGCUCACAACUUUAUAUGUUAGAGCAACAGUAUGUCGCCUUGGAAGAAAAGAAACGAAAAUUAUUGGAAAAGUGUAGAGAACUUCUAAGGAAAGCUAAGAAUGUGUGUAACCUUAGCCCAGAACAAUCUGUUCCUGUGGAAUAUCAGGCGGCAUUCCAAGAUCUCCCGAACACAUUGGAUGAAAUUGAUGUUUUAUUAGCUGAAGAGAAAUCAAGAGCUUCCUGCUUCACAAGCCUAACUGCUUCGGUUGUUGAAGAAUACAGGAAAAGAGAACAGGAAAUACAACAGUUAACAGCGCAAGUGAAGAAAUAUGAAGGUGAAUUGGAUAAUUAUAGGCAAAAUAUUACCCAGGUUAAAGAAAGGUGGCUUAUUCCUUUGAAACAACUGAUAGGAAAAAUAAAUGAAAAAUUCAGCAACUUUUUUAGUUCCAUGCAGUGUGCUGGCGAAGUUGAUCUCCAUAUGGAAAAUGAGGAAGACUACGAUAAAUACGGAAUUCGAAUUAGAGUUAAGUUUCGCAGUAAUAGCAAGUUGCACGAACUGACUCCCCAUCAUCAGAGUGGAGGCGAGAGAAGUGUUUCUACGAUGCUGUACUUGAUGGCCCUGCAGGACCUCAAUAAGUGUCCAUUCAGAGUGGUAGAUGAAAUAAAUCAGGGAAUGGACCCGAUAAAUGAGAGGAGAGUAUUUGAUAUGGUUGUGAAGACUGCCUGUCAGGAAAGCACUUCUCAAUACUUCUUCAUUACCCCAAAGCUUCUGCAGAAUCUCAAUUAUGCUGAGAAAAUGACAGUGUUGUUUGUCUAUAAUGGUCCUUACAUGCUAGAGCCUAACAAAUGGAAUUUAAAGGCUUUCCGUAGAAGGCGAAAGCGGAUGGAAGAUAACCCCCUGGAUCAGUAAUGAAAUCUGAGGCUUUUGGACUUUUGCCGUAAAACUGUUUAUAAUUACAGAGCUGUUGAAUGAUCAAGAGGACACUUGCUUAGAUGCAGUGAGUCAAAUUUAGCUUUGGAAACCUCAUGUCAAAUAGAAUUGGUUUGGUAAAUUUGGAACUUUGGAGUUAAUAUUCCUCCUCCUCUAAAAACUGGUGGGUAGUCUGAAUUCUUGUUAAAUCUGGAUCCCUCAUACCAUGGUGUUAGGUUACUGAGUUUCCCCAAGGUAUUUUAUCAGGUGAUAUAACCCAUAAAUUACCGAGGGUGUGGUUGGGGACCGUCUUCAAGAAUUUCAAUUGACUUGAUAACCUUGAGAAAUUAGUGUAGAAAAGACUUUGAAUCACUGUUUGAACUAGAAAUGCCUCUGUUUUCUUCCAGUAAUCAUGUUUAAUUGAUAAGGAAAGAGUGGAGGUAAAUGUUUUGCCUUGAAUAUGCUCACAUGACUUUGUACAUCUACAUCUAUAUAUGUGCGUGUGUGUGUAUAUAUAUAUAUAUACACACACAUAUAUAUAUAUAUAUAUAUAUGUCUUUCCCCCAAAAUGUGAGAUUUGGGUCUGUGGUCUCUUCUUUUUUUUUUUUUUUUUAACAGAAUGAAAUAUUCAGUUUUGAAAAUGGUAGAGGAACUUUUUUUAAAGAGCCACAAGCUGGCUACUGGGGGUUGAACAAAACAAAACUAAAAAGGACAAUUCUUUGGACUAAAAAAGCAAAGAAGAAUUAUGGGUGUUUUGUAUAAAAUGAACUGUUUUUCAUCUUCUAAAAUUGUUUAAUUUAGUUUUUUUAUAAGAAAUAUAUAUUUUUAUAACCACUGAAUAGGAAGGUUAACACAUACUCAUUCUCAUUUCCAUCUGCAAUUUCUCAGUACUUUAAAACUUAUUAGUUUAAAACCUGAAGACAUGUUUUAAACUUAUGAUUGUGGUAUUUCUAAAACAUUUUCAGUCAGCCCAGUGCACUUGAAAUCUACAGCAUCUAAUCAUUCCUUUCAUUUUUGUUUUUCCACAAAAGAAAUCGGUUCAUGACAUCAUUAAACUCGUCUUAUUCCAAAUGAUAAUAUGAAACAAAUUCUGCCCCAUUUAAAGUACAUAAAUAUGAGGAACUAGUUUAUUCCAAAGGCCCCCUCCCUAUUUUUCUGACCAUAGGUUUGAAUCUGUCAGCGGUGGCCAAGUUCUCUUCUGGUUGGCCUGGCCUGUAAGUUGAAUAAGUAAUUGAACUCAGUCUAAAAUAUAGCCCACAGGGUUAACAUUCUCCCUAAAAGGCUCAAAAACUGAGUUUAUCCUGUCUCUUAGAGGUUCUCUUUGGACGAUAACUAUUUGAACAUAUUAAAUCUCUUAAUGUUUAAAAAAAAAUGAGGAGCAUCCUUUUUUCAGCCCAAUAAAAUAACUGAAAAUCA